UAAAUUUUGUAUCUCGUCCCAAAUAUCUAAGUUUGGAUCCGCGCGGUUAAUAAUAGAAAUACUCUCGUACCACUAACUGCAUUCGUUUUUAAGUUGUAUUCCCGGUCGCUUCUUCUGUAUUUUACUAGGCUUAUAUAAAAAUGUGGAAACAAUACCUUUUAUUCUUAUUCUUAACACUAGCAUCGUUAUCCGUCGCAUCGAAAGAUAAGAAGGAAGAACGAAAGUUGAAAUGCUACCAAUGUAAUUCAUAUUACAAUACCUCGUCCUGCGACGUUUUGGACAAAUCUAGUAGCAUAUAUUUGCAAGCGUGUCCAGGUCGGAAUGAUACUCAUUGCAGAAUAAUGUGGAUGGAAGUUAAAGGAGAGAAAAGAGUAGUGCGUUCUUGCGGUCAGACCCGUCAUCACAGGGCUUGUUACCAGACGACUAGCAUGGACACCAAGAGUCACGUUUGUGAAUGCGAAAAAGACGGAUGCAAUCAGGCUCCUCCCUUACGUUCGACGCUUGUCAAUCUGUUCAUAGUUACUUGGAUUUCAGUUUUACUUUUCCGGUAAUCUUCGUCAAAAUGUACUUCUACUUCCACCUGUAAAUAAUAAUUUCAGGAUUCAGAGUCUGCCAAACUUGUGUUUCGUGGAUGACGUGAAGUUUAUUAAUUUCCGAUUAGCGGAAUGGACCGUACGCCGCCUUCAAUACCUUGGCAGAUUCUGUUACAUUAAAGAAUUUUAGUUUUUGGGAUUGUUCUGUUGCCUGGCUCUUCUAUAGAUAAUUUUAGGUCAGCAUUAAAAAUACAUCUAUUCUUCAGGAUGAUGUACAUUUCAACGUCUGUCUGUUGUCAGAAAUGAGUGAAGUCCAACUGAUAUAGGAAUGUACAUCAUCCAAUUACAUAAAUUACAGCAGUAUUAAUAUAAUUUAUAUUGACCCAUAACUGUUGUCCAUGUAAUUUAUAAUAAAAAUAGUUCUAUGGUA